AUGGCGACUGCCUUAAAGAGUCCAGCGAAAAGGAAAUCAACAAAAGGGAAAAAUUCGGCUACCACUGGUCAGGGAAUUGCACAAACCUCAUCGAAAAAGAGAAAAAUAAACCCUCCUCCACCAUCACCACCCCAGCAAACUGAAGACGAUGAAAGUUCUUUGAUAGCCACAACAGAAAUUGUAGAAAGAAUUCCUAUUUUCAAAGAUCCUAAUUUUGUACACUCAACAAAAAGUGUUUCAGGUGCAAAAAGAAGAGGAUGGAAAAAUUUGAAACAAAUUAUUGCCUCUGAACGCUCAUUAACUUGGGGAGCUGAUGCAGUUACAUAUACUAGCAUGGAAGGGCCACCAUCUUUUAAACCAGCCAAAAAAUAUUCUGAUAUAUCAGGGCUUGAGUCUAAAUACCGAGAUCCACAAAGCAAACUGUUUUAUCAUGAUGCCAAGGAAUUUGCUCAGGUUCGCAUGCUUCCAAGUGAUUUAGUUGCCUCAUACCUUGCUUUACGAAAAGCAAAUGCUCCAGUUCCUUGA